CUGAUGGAAACCAGAAGACGUUAAGCUGGAUACGAUUAGCAACAUAACGAGUCACAAAUCAGGGUUACAAUACGAUGGCCUCUUUAUUGAAGAACCAAAUCUUAAAGCACUUAUCGAAAUUCUGUAAGAACCUGUCACCAGACAAAAUCAACCUAAGCACUCUGAAAGGUGAGGGAGAGUUGUGCAACUUGGAGCUGGAUGAAAACAUUUUGACACAGUUGUUAGAAUUGCCAACAUGGCUUCAGAUCACCAAAGCAUCAGUGAACAAAGUCACUAUAAAGAUACAAUGGACAAGAUUAAAAUCUCAGCCAAUAUUUUUGAUGCUGGACAAAGUAGUUGUAGAAACACAAACGUGUGAAACACCCCGCCCACCCAAUGACCCUGCCCACCUUGCGAGUUACAGAGCUGGAGGGAAGUAUGGCUUCAUAGAUCGUGUCAUUGAUGGCAUCUACGUACAUGUGGAAUCGGUUGAAGUGAAGCUAAUAUCAAAAGCUUUCCACGCUUCACUACAGUUAUUACGACUUAAAGUGCAGAGCACCACUCCAAAAUGGCAGCCAUCAAAUGACUUACGACACACGCGUCUUCGAGACACAGACAAAGAUGAGAUUAUUCUGUUCAAGGAAAUUGAAUGGCAGAAUGUGAAAAUUGAGGCAAAUGCUAUUGAGACUACCACCAAUCCAGAUUUUCUAUCAACACCUCUCAGACUGCUGGCAAAUAUGUCAAAAAUUAGAAUUACUUUCAAAAAGAAACUUAGUGACUGCAGUAUUAUUUCCUCGCGUAUCGUUCUACUGGUUGAUGAUCUUCUGUGGGUUCUCACUUCGUCACAACUUAAGGCUGCCAUUUUGUACUCAAACUCUCUGUCGGAGGUGGUGGAAAGAUCAGCACAGCAAAGCAAACAGCUGGCGGCUGAAAAACUGAAGAGACAAGGUCAUCUAGGCGGCCAGUCUGAUCACAUGAUGAAUAGACAGUCUCAGCAGGGCCAGAGUAACGCUACGCAGUCGUCGUCAUCCAUUCUGUUUAACAAGUAUGACGUCCUGACAACCUCCUACCAUCUCAUCACGAGUAGAAUCGACCUGCAUCUCUGUGAUGAUGGCACGUCUGAGACAGUUCCAGCAGCAGAGAGAGCGUGUAAUCUUGAGAAUGGAGCAAUGCAACUAACGAUGUACAAGUUCUCUGUUGACUACUACCCAUUCCAUCUAGCAGGAGGUGAAAGGAAACAGUGGUUUCGGUACGCCGACAACAUCGGUUCCCGCAACCCGUGGGUCCAACAGCUGUUCAGUGCCUUCCGCACCGAAGCCAUGGCUGCAAGGAAAGCCUGUGGGAUUAAUUCCCCUGCCACACCCCAGCAGCAGAAAUCACCCCAACACCAGAAGUCACCCCAGCACCAGAUAUCUUCCCAGCCCCAGAAGUCGCCGGUCAGAUCCCCUCAACACACAUCGAACCAGCUGAGACAGCCCCCAGGCAGUCCCGUUCAUGGGCCGAUGUCGCAGAUAGGGGGGUCUCCGAGUCACCUGGCCCGGCCCAAGUCGUCCCGUCUGCUAGAGAGCUGCAUGGUGCUGAAGGUGGAGGACUUCACGAUCUACAUGGUGUCCAGCCCCCAGAACCAGCGGAUCAGCCACAACAAGUUCUUCGCCUCCGACAAGAAGCAGCUCCACCUGCCAGCAGACAUGUCUGUGCUGCAUCUGGAGUACACGGAAUACUACUUCCCCGAUGAUCUAAACACUCCAGUUCCCCAUGCCAACCUGUACGCCCUGCUCAAUCCAGUCCGGUUGACCUUCGAUCGUCUUACUCUGCUUUGGUUAAACUUUUUUAUGCUCGACCUGUCUCUCAGUUUGAAGUAUGAUUUGGAAGCAACUAGAUCUACAGAACAUGUUGACGUGAAGUUUGAAGCUCUGAUGCCAAGGAUUCUGAUACCUGCGGAAACAAAAGUUGAAGGUCAGCCGGACAGACCUGAAUUCUUACAAAUCCAGAUCUCAAAAGCGUGCAUCUCGAACACCAGGGUGGAGGAAAAACUGACAUGCCAGGACCUGGAUACCGUUCUGGAAUCAUACAAAGGCUGUCAGCUGAUCAAUUCUACUAGUCCCCUCACAGAUACGCAGUUUGCUGCUGUACCGCGUGUCUUCUACGACCAUGCAGCACAAAAAGACAACUGCUACAUUGACCAACGAGCCAAGUGGCUCGUGCUGCAAGGUCUGGACAGCGAUCCCGAGUCGCCGGUUGCCGCUGACAAAGGUCACUUGAACACGAACACCCUAAAGAAGGAAGCAGCUCUCGACAUGUGGGGAGUCGUCAUCGACCAGGUGUGGCUCGAGUUUCUCGGUGCUUUAAAUUCACGAUCCAGGCCUCAGCCGUUCGUCGAGGCUUUACCCGUAACGUUGUGGUUCACCGCCCCGGAGAGAGACUCAUCCGACAAGCCUAAUGCUGUGAUUGACAAACUGGCGACGGUCGACACGGAGGACGUGGAUGGGGCAGCGGACCAGGCCGGUGAUGACAAACAGUCCUGUGAUAAACGUCCCUCUAGACUAGUGUUAAAACAGACUUUCUCCGAGGCCGCCACGGCAAACACAAACAACUCCGGGAACUGCGACAGCAGGGAGACGGUCGACAACAAGUCCUGCAACCGCGAUGACGAAUGCCUCGCAGAUUUCCACAUUGUCGCGAAACUUGGUGCCAAACUGCGCGUACAGCUGAACCACUUCCAGUACCUGUUCAUCCUCCGCCUGUCUGAGUCGCUGACGCGGUUUGCCGAUCAGCUAAACGCCGACUAUCGGACGCUCGGAAUCAAGGGCUCGUCGAGCGUCUCAUUCCCACUCGUCGUCCCGCAGAUCGAGGUCGCGUCUCUGUGUCCCUGUCUGAUGAAUCUCAAGUGCUUUCCUGAUGAUCUCAGCACGCCCAUUUCACCCAGAGACAACGUGAACUCCCCCAGUCGCGAAGCCGAGUUCAGUAGUCUACUGCAGUUUUCAAAUGCUGAGUUUCCUGAUGUCGCUGAAGACUUGCAAAGAGAUGAAACGGAUUGCAAGAUGGACCAGUCCGGAGAAUUUGUGCCAAAUGUAGUAAUCACCAAGUCAAGUAGCGACUCUAAAAUCCAGUCCCUUUCGAGCAAUCCGAUGAUCCUGACCUCGGACAAUGAGGAGGUAUCAAACGGCUCCCAUCAGCUGAGACAGAACCAGAACUCGCUGUCCGCCAUAACCCUCAGCGAGAACACCGUACCGGCUGCACCGCUGGAGCAAGACUUCCGAGUGUCGUCCAACUCGGUGGGCAUGGACUCGGGAAUCAGCAUGGACAGUCGGAGGAGCGCCAGGGACAACAAGAUGAAAAUGUUCUCAUCCGCCUUCGUCAACUGGACAGACAAGCUGAAGGUGAAGGUCGAUGGGACCGAUGACAACCUGUCGGUCUCCACAGACGAUCUCGAGACGAUGUCUGUGAAGACGGAUCUGUCGUCGGACGACGACUUUGAGCACCUGAUUUACGAGGAGAAGGAGGCGCCUCCUUUCUGCCACGACGUCUUCGAGACGACGUCCACCACCGACACAUUCAGUGAUCUGGCCGACGACUCGUCCAGUGUUUACGCAGAGAGCUCUUCAACGAGAGGAAAGGAAAUAGUUUCUGUGAUACUCUUCAAGCUAGACUUGCUAGAGUUAAUAAUAGAGAGUAAGGAACUGGCCACAUCAGUUUGGGCACAGGUCGCCAAAGUUACAACUUCCCAGCCAGGGAACAUCAACACUGAAGACUUCCAUGCCAAAUUUUCGAACUCCAAAGGAUAUCUUCCGGAUGACCCAGUGACAACACAAGUGGAACGUUUUCCGAUCAAAUUCUACUACUGCGCUGAGAUGGACGAACCCAGUGCACCGAAAGUGACCAUGAAUGCCCGCAUUUCGGACAUCAGUCUCACGUUCCGGAUGUCCAGUUUGACAUCGCUUGGUGAAUUUUUCGACGACGAAAAGAUCCCGGACCCAAUUCCUAUGGUUAUCGAUGUCCGGAAUCUGCUUCUCAUUCUAGAGGAAGACCGGCCAUCUGCCAGUAACCCAAGCACACCGGGUGCCAUGCCGAUGGAUAUACAAAUACACCGAGUGACCAUCCGUCGUGGUUCAGAUGGAGUUUUUCAUUUGUCUGGAGCAGCAACAGAGUCAUUAGCACAUUCGGGUUCAGCCGAUGCCACGGGUACUCAACAAAACGCAUCGGACGUGAAAACACCGGACGGUCAGAGAAUCAUAGAACUGGGGCGAACGCGGUCCGAUAUGGACCAAGGUGCCGCCGACAUGGAAUUCCCGAUGGCCAAGCUCAUGAUGGAACCGCUGAGACAGCUGCAGGCGGACAACUCUGUGCUAAGGGGGGACAACUCUGUGCUGAGGGCUCAGGUGGUCGAACUGCAGCAGGUGCACGGGCGGUGUGACGGCCAGCUGGAGUCGCUGAGGAACGAGAAUGACCGGCUCAAGGUGAAGCUGGAGCUGCUGCGCGAGUCCAAGGGAGCCAACUGCCACGAGCUGCAGAUGGAGAACUACCGGUUGCAGCAGAAAAUAGCCACCAUGGAGGAGGACCAGUCAAGCUCCACGCAGGAGAGGAUGUCGCUGCUGGCAACGCUCAAACUCCUGCAGGAGGAUCUGCUGAAAUCGGAGCAACGAAACCGUAGUCACACCACGUCGAGUUAGACACACCCACGCACACACAGUAAAACCUGCUGGAAAAGAGUAAACCUGUUCAAAAAGGGAACUGAAGUGAUUUCUGCAUGUAAAAUAAAUUGUUACCUCGAGGAAUGUCUCUUGCUCAUAAAGGCCAUAUUAUUGUAGAUGGUUAGGUGGCCUUUAUGGACAGGUUAGACUGUAUAUUGAUUUAUAGUGUAUGAUUGAUGAAAUGCCCACCGAGAGAGAGAGAGAGAGAGAGAGAUGAACGAAUGAAGAGAGAGAUUUACCCGUCAUAUAUGUCAUAUUAUAAGAUACUAUUUUCAAUAAUAAUGCUUUGAUAUCAGACAUAUUAUUGAUCUAAAAACAACAACAAUGAAAGAUGGUCUAAAGAAUGACCUAGAAAACUAAUUUCCAAAACUGUAUUACCAACACGACAAGACCAUGAGAACAAUGACAGUUUAUUUACAUAAAUAAUAUUUAAUUAAUAAUUUAUCUUUUAUAUAUUUGGUUAAUACAAGUCUAUUUUUUUAAUUCAUGAAAAUAGAUGGCUUUAUGUUAAAAAAAAAAGAAAAAAAAAGUUUUAAAAUACUAACAACCAAAAAAAGACAUCAGCUGGUCUGGUUAAUACGUCAACUGGAAAAAGGAAGAUACUAUGUUUGCUGAUUAUCUUUAUAAAAUAUAGUUUUCGAAGGAAUAUCAUAAUAAGAAAAAGAACCAAAAAAACCCAUAGUUAUCAUAACUGUUCCUCUUUUACAUAUCAUUAUUAAUACAUCAAAAGAAUUCUAUUGGGCCAUUUCAUGAAAGGGUCUCCCCUUUGCAUUAUUUUGCAUUCCAAUUUAAAAUGUUGUCCAGCCACUCUGUCACCACCAUAACACACACACACACCCACACACACACACAGAGAUGCAUAUACACACACAGACAAACACACAUGCACACAGACAUACAUAGACACACACAGACACACACUUUUCGGGCCGAACUUACAAAGGCUGUUUUUCUUAAACACAAUUAAGUGUUUAAGCAUUGUAAAUGUAUGUAGUUACAUGUGUGUGAGUCAUAAACAGGCUUAUUAAAUUCAGCCUUUCUUGUUUUAAAAGAAUUUUACAUUCUGUCUGACAAUAUUUUUAAAGCUUGUUUAUUUGAAAAAACAAAACAAAUGUAAUUAGUCGUAUCUAGUUUUGAUUACUUAAGAAGAUAUUUAGAAGUUAAAUAUGAAAUAUUUGAUAAUUGUGCCAUUUUUGUAGUGUACAUAAAGUAAACAGUUUGUCAGGUCAGUCACUGUCAGUUUUGUUUUAGAAAAUGAAAGUGAAAGUACAAACUGUGGGGGAAUAGUGUAAUAAAAAUGUAUUUGUUUAAUAAAAUGUGUAUUUUAGUAAUAGAAAAAUAAAACUGGAUUUCUCUGCGAGUAGAUUGUGGUGUUUGUUAAUUUCAUUGUACAAUUAUUUAAUGUGACUAUCAUGACUUUGUUAUCAUUGUAACAUUAAUUUUUUUUGCUAAUAAAGCUAUUUUAAUAAAUUAAAUUAUAUAUUAAAUACAUUUAUUCUUAUUAUUAUUUUCUUAUUUUAUAUAAUUUGAUUUUCUGUAUAUUUAAUGUGUUUCUAAGUGUCCUAAUGUUUGUAUCAGUAAUACCUCAAACUGGAUUUUACAGACAAAUUAUUUUAUGUGUAUUAACAAUAUAUUUAUCUUAGGAUGUGAAAUGCAGUUUGAUCUACUAUAAACAUUAGUACGACCACAGACACCUUGUAUUUACAUUGAAAUGAUAAGUAAGAAAAUGCCAUUAAUGUAUAAUUUUAAUUAUUAGAAGUCAAGUUAGCUUGAAAUGUUUUACAAUGGUAGCGAAGUCAGAGUAGUCCCUUCAGUGGACUUUUUCAUCGGUGAUACUUGUCAGUAUUAAUGUGAUGAUUUUGCUUUGUUGUUUUUUCAAAUAUGUUUCCUUUUGUUAUAUUUCAUAAUACAUGUACUAAAUUUAGGAAUUUUUAAUGAACUUUUUGAAGAGUUUUUGUUUUUGCUUUUCUGAGUAUUCUGUGAUUUGUUUGUAAAUAAUUGAAUAGUGCUCAUCAAUGUUUACACCAGUUGUAAGAAACUGCAUACAACGUGUUAUGUAUGGUAUAUCAGUAAGAAAUGGUUAUCCUGUAAGGUUCAUAAUAUUUAAUCGGCAUAUUCUGCUAUUAAAGGCACUAUUCCAAGUUUGUAGCCCGUUUUAAAGGUUUUCUGCAAAUAAAACACGUUUACAUUA